CUACCAUUUCAUCUUUAUACUUAUUGUACCUUUAUAGAUCUGGUUUUGUGCAAACUGUGGAUGGUUUGGACAGCUUGUUUAAGUGACGUUUACAAACAAUAUUUCACCGACAUAACCUCUCAAGAAUGUGAAAGUAUUAAAGUUGAAUAACAUAAUUUUAAUGAAGAGCUAAUCAAAAUACUAGUCAAUAAUGAUAUUUCAAAUCGUGCUGAUAGUGAGCACAAUCAAAUGCUUAUUUAUUCCACUUUACCACUCAACAGAUUUCGAGGUUCACAGAAACUGGUUAGCAAUAACACACAACCUCUCCAUCAAUGAGUGGUACUAUGACGCUACAUCAGAAUGGACUCUGGAUUAUCCACCAUUCUUUGCUUGGCUGGAAUAUUCCUUAUCAUUUGUUGCAAAGUUGUUUGAUCCCCGUAUGUUGCAGUUAGAUAAUUUAAACUAUGCAUCAGAUAUGACUGUGAUAUUCCAAAGAUUAUCUGUAAUUGUUUUAGAUUUGGUUUAUAUUGCUAGUGCAAAGAGUUGUGCAAAUCUUAUUAGUGAUGGUAAGCUGCUUGUGUUCAUUCUGCUAGUGUCUAACCCGGGGCUGCUGAUGGUAGAUCACAUACAUUUUCAAUACAAUGGAUUUUUGUAUGGUUUUCUUCUCUAUUCCAUGUCAAAUAUGAUAAGAGGUAAUUAUGUGUGUGCAGCGCUAUGGUUUGCAGUUCUGCUGAACUUAAAGCACAUUUACCUAUAUGUGGCACCCGUGUAUGUUGUGCAUUUGCUCAGAGCAUAUUGCUUUACCAUAUCAACAAAUGAUGGUGUGCACACUCCAUGGUACUCUUUUUCCUUCAUGAAUUUGCUGAAAUUGGCAAUUACUGUCACUACAGUGUUUGCUCUAUCAUUUGGACCGUUUUUGAACCAUAUACCACAGAUUAUUUCAAGAUUGUUUCCAUUUAAAAGAGGCUUGUGCCAUGCAUACUGGGCUCCCAAUUUCUGGGCACUCUACAAUUUUUCAGACAAGGUGCUGCAGCAUGCUUUACCGCGGGCAGGCAUAGAUGUGCCCAAGGUGGAGGUUUCCAUGACGGGUGGGCUGGUGCAAGAGUUUGAUCAUGUGGUGCUGGCAUCCAUAAAGCCAAUACAUACUAUGGCAUUGACUGCCAUUUUUAUGAUACCAGCUCUGGUAAAACUUUGGCAUCUUGGAGCUGACAGAAAGUACAGAACUGUUAGUUUUGUGAGAUGUCUGGUAUUAUGUGCUACUACGUCGUUCAUGUUCAGCUGGCAUGUUCACGAAAAGGCUAUCCUUUUGAUUUUAAUACCAUUAAGUUUCUUGUCGGUACUCGGCGAUGUUGACGGAAGACUAUUUCUUCUUCUGUCCCCCAUCGGUCACUACUCUUUAUUUCCUUUAUUAUAUCCAAAAAGUCUUCUAUCCAUCAAAAUAUUCAUGUUGUUAAGUCAUAGCGCAAUUGCCUUUGGGAAUAUACCAAGAUUAUAUGAGCAGCCUGUAAAGCCCAAGAAGAAACCUCGGCGUGGUUUCCUACGCCUUCCUAUGCUGGGUCUUCUGGAAUCGUUGUACGUGUAUGGUCUAAUACUACUGUGCGUUUACGAGAAUUUCAUUCAUACUAUCUGGGGUUUGGACAAAACUCUGCCAUUCUUGCCUCUGAUGAUGACUUCGGUUUAUUGCGCUCUUGGAGUUGCGUAUUUCUGGGUUUCAUAUUAUUAUUAUUUCCUUUACUUUAACGUGAGCAGAGUACCAAUGCUGGGCACAGGAAACCUAACGCAGUAUGCUAAGAAAGUAAACUAGGUUGUGUUCAAGAAAAUUCUAUAGGUAACUAUGUAAUUCAUAAUUUAAAUACAGGUAUGAGCAAUGAGAACGGGUCAGUUGAUAAUGGAGAUUUGCAUACAGAGUGACCAGUUUUGCUCAUAAGUUUAGUUACGAAGUGUGUGUAAAUAUGUAAAUACAUUUUUCGUCAAAGUAGGCAUACGAUGGAAGUACCUAACGUCAUAAACUGGUUUAAUGUAAGUAGUCUAAUUUAAAUACAUUGUAGAAAACUAUUAUCAAAAGAAUUUUAAUAAUAAGUGUUUAGGGGUUUUUAAUCAAUAUAAAUCGCGCGCGCGUUUUCCUCGCCUGAGUGCGCCGCCUCGGCCCAGUGUUGGGCAAAAAUCAAUUCGAAUAAGAAUAGGAAUAAAAACAGAAACUCUAUUCUUAUUCCAACAAUGGAAUAAGAAUAAAUCCAUCCCUUUUUAUUUUAAAAUAACAUGAAAUGGAAUAAAUCAUGCAAUUUUUAUUUUUAAUGAAGAAUAAAAGACGGAAUAAUUAUUCCAGAAAUGGAGUUAUUCUAAAUAAGGUUUUAGUGGAAUAACAUGUUAUUUAGAAUAAGAAUGAAGUUCGAAGUUAUCGUUAGGUCAAUCUUGCGAGUCGAUUUACUACCACUUCCUGACGUUCGAUUUGACUCAAAUUUCGUAUACUUGAGUAUCUGGUGGACUUGGUGACUGUGCAAUAUUAUGGUGUCAUGAAGCUGGUCUGAUGAUGGAGCCAGAAGGUGGCCAAAGGAACGCCUAAAGUAAAAAAAAUAAAGACACCGUGUUUCGGCUCAUUCGAUGUGUCUUGGCAAGCACUUUGAUGUUUUAUGAUUUUACUGAACACCUGCGGCUGGCGGCUCUUCAAAAGAUCUUUGAGCAUGUUAUUUUGCCGUUUAAUAAUGUGAAGAAAAUUUAAAUAACAGGUAUUUAAAAAGACCAUGUAAUAACUCAGUAAUAAAUGUUCGGUAACAACAAGAACACUAAAAGCACCGAAGUUAAUUUAGAAACAUGAAAAUAUAUAUAAUAAAGUCAUCAUAACUUAAACAAAUUAAUGUAUUUUGCAGUAGCGGCGGCUCCAUACAACCCGAUUCCCAUGGGUUUUACUAAAGAAUUGCGUUCGUCCGUAGUCCAUCCAAAUCUAUACCUACCUACUUUCAUACAUGACAUACUUAGGUACAUACCAGCUUCAUCGGAUUUAUUAAGAAAAAUUCUCACGUUACAAUUCUUAUUCAUGGAAUAUUAUUUCAAAUAAAAAUCAUGUUUUUUUAUUUGAAUAAGAAUAAUUUAUUUCCAUUCAAUUUCCUCACCGAAGAAUUAUUCCAGACGGAAUUAUUUGAAAUAAUUUUGACGGGAAUAAAAUCAACGUGAUUUUAUUCUUACAAAUUCUUAUUCCAAUCAUGAUUUUAUUCUUGAAUGCCCAACAAUAAAAAAAUACGGCUGAAAAUUUAGAGAAAAAAAUGAAUUAAUGUGAUGAAUAAUUAUGGACUAUGAGGGUUGAUACGAUGGCGCAUGAUACCUAAAUUUUUAACCGGUUAAUUAAACAGCCCGACAAAAGAGGCUUUUAGAAUUUUUAGGAAAAUUUAGUAUGGCGGAUCACAGAACUUUAGCAAAUGGAUAAAUUAAAAAUAUAACACAAAAAUACACAAGAAAUAAUUAGAACUAGAUAAUACUGACGUUAAAAUUUAAAAACAAAAAUAUUUCAGUGGAAACAGGGUAAAGGGGAUGAAUGUGGCACACGCCAAGGUACCGGCAGCUGGAUUCAGGUUUACUUGUGUAGAAUGGAUGGCGCACAAGUUGGCGACUUUAAACAAGCCGACGAGGUAAGCCUUACUCGCUUUCUGGCGAGCACGUAUGGCAGCAGACCGGGCGAUAACGAUGAGAUUUCUUCACUUCACCACUGCUUAGCGCCGACCUGCGCACGGCUUUGGAGACCUGUCGCUUCCUCGCUAGCGCGUAUGGCAACAGACCGGGCGAUAACGAUGAGGUUUCUUCACUUCACCACUGCUUAGCGCCGACCUGCGCACGGCUUUGGAGACCAACUGUUUAUGAGAGGCCUCUCCUCUUCGAACGCCGAUUUACGCGCGCCUUUGGUAGUCAACUGUUACCAGGAACUUCUCCACCCGUGGAUUUAUGCGCACUUAAAAAGACUUCGUGUUAACUAUUAAACUGGCUAUAAAUUGCAAAACUGGUUUAAAACGACCCGGGAACACAAACGACUUCUCCACUCCAAAUUCACCAAACCAUCUGCCGAAAAAACAACUUCAAUCUUCUCUUUUUCGAAUAUUCCAUAAAAAUUUAAAUUCAAAAUAAGCGCAAAUAAGCACUUAAUUUAUUAGAAACGGCCAGGAAUUAUACAAAAAAAGGUCGGCGCUUUCUUUUUCUUUUUUUUUGCUAAAAGCGCCAUCUAACCAUCAACGCCUGAAUUAUGAAACCGCAUAGAGAGACAACAGAAAGAGAACUGAGCCAGCUGACAACUAGAAGAAGUUUAAAAAUAAACCGACAGAUGAUUAUGUAGCAAUUUUGCUACAAUACAUACUAAAAUAAUAAUAUAUUUGAAUCAUGUAUUAAAUAUCCAUCACCGCUUCAAAAUUACCUACAGUUAGGUUUGUGAGAUUGAAAGAGAUGAAAAUGGAUAUAUUUUAAAAUGUCGGGAUUUUGGAGUUCAUGCCGGGAACAAUAAAUAUUAUGUACUUAUACCUAGAUUAUUUCUGUCAAAAACGAGUGGUUGACAAAAAGUUAAAGAUAAAUAUUUAUUUAUUUAUUUAAGCCAUUUAAUUCCUUAAUAAUACAUUUCAUAAUUAAAUUAAUAAAUAAUACAAUAAUAAAUUAAAUUAAAUUAAAUAUUAUCAAACUAAUUUACAUGCAUUUUCAAAACAGUGGUAAUUUUGUACAAUAAGUUUAGUCAUUUUUUUUUAUUUUAUUAUUAUUAAGGACCUCUUGACGAGUAAAGGCCUCCUCCAUUUUACUCCACAUUCCCCUGUCUUGGGCUAUUGUUACCCAAUCGUCGCUGGCAAACUUUUUUAAUUCUUCGGUCCAUCUUUCGAGUGGGCGGCCUGACUUUCUUUUACCGGGAGGUCCCGCCCAUGUAGUGACUCUUUUUGUCCAUUUUUUGUUGUCCAUUCGUGCCACGUGACCAGCCCAUUUCCAUUUUAGUUUCAUGCAAUGUGAUAGUGCGUCGAUAACUUUAGUCUUUUCCCUUAUAACCGUAUGGCGUUGUUUAUCUCUAAGUUUUAGGUUCAUGAUGCUCCGCUCCAUGGCUCUUUGGCAAGUCAUAAUUUUUCUUUUCGUAUAUGCAUUAUAGAUCCAUGUUUGGCUCGCGUAAGAAAGACAAGGUAAGAGACAUGAGUCCAUAAUUUUCUUUUUUAGUCUUAAGGGUAUGUUAGAUUUUAGAACUUCCUUGUGGCUCCAGAAUUUAUUCCACGUCAUUGUAAUACGUCUUUCUAAUUCGUCACAGUGUCUAGACUUUGAUAGAGAUAGUUGUUUACCUAAGUAUAUAUAUUGCUGUACAUACUCUAACUGUCUAUUUUCGACGAAAAUGGGUCUAUGAGCGUUGUUGGACAUGAUUUUCGUUUUAUCGAUAUUUAAUUCCAAACCAAUAUCACGGCUAACACAAUUAAGUUCGUUUAUCAUCCCUUGCAAUUGUGACGCUGUCCCUGAGAAAAGAACUAGGUCGUCAGCGAAGCGUAAAUUGCUCAAGAAUUUUCCUUUUAUGUUUAUGCCUUUUUUUGACCAAUCUAGUUUCUUCAUAAUAUGCUGUAAAACUGUGAUGAAUAAUGUAGGAGAUAGGGGGUAUCCUACAUUAUUAAAUACCUAGAUUAUUUCUGUCAAAAACGAGUGGUUGACAAAAAGUUAAAGAUAAAUAUAUAUAUGUAUAAAAUGUUACUGAAUUGUAAAUCACCGAAAUGUUAUAAGAAUAUAAAUCAUUUUUUUAUAAUUUGCCGCUUUUUUCUACUGACGAAAAUGGCUUAACAGACUAUACAUAUAAUAUGUGUUGCCUUUGGGAAUAUACCAAGAUUAUAUAUACAGGGUGAGCAAAUAAGAGUGAUAGACUUUGUUGGAAAAUUUUAAUUAUAUUAAGUGCACAAUUUACUAAAUAUUUUUUCAUAAAUAUAUUAUUCAGGGUUGGCAAUUGUAUACGGAAGAUAAUUUCUGCCAAAUGUCUACCUCUAGCAGCAAAUUUCUCAAAUGUUUGUGUUGUUUAAAACACGUUGUUAAAUGUAUAAAUUUAGAUUUUUGCGUUUCCCGGUAGGCCCCUUGUAUAAUAUUUUUCACAUAGCUUGGGUUCAGUGACAGCUGUCAUCUUCGUGUACGCCACUUAUCCCGGUUUUUCGAAUGUCAUCCACAACAAUCCGUCAACAUUUUGGUCCACCUGCCAUCACUCUGCCUGGCAACAUGUCCUGCCCGAUUCCUGCCUGCUCGCACCUUAGUGCGGCGUCAGAUCUCGACAUUCCUCACUCGGUCUUGAAGUUUAAUGUCGAGCAUGGCGCGCUCCAUGUCUCUCUGUGCAAAAAACAGUUUAAGGCACAGUAUGUAUAAGUUAGUCUAUGGUUUACGAUAGGUGCACUAUUGCAUAGGUUAGUGCUGCACUUUGGCGGCAGAACAUUGCAGUAAUACUCCCUAUUCUAUCAAAAUCUAACGAAAACAAAAAAAUCGAUAGCAAAAUAAAUUGGCCCAUUAAGUAGGUACCUACCCUAAAGUAAUAAAAAAUGGCUAAUGUAAUAAGAAGAUGGCAAAUAAUGUUAUCAAACCAAUUUACCGUCAUUUCUUCGUAAUCUCGCACUUUUUGUGGACAAUCAUGAUUUUAUCAACGUUUUAAUAUGCUUAAAUCUUUUAUUUAUAUUAAUUACCUGAUAGUUAAAUUAUAUUUUAAUUACCUAUUAAUAUUUCAGUAAAAACUAUCAUCGUAUUUUUUUAGGUUAAGAGCCCUUAAUCCUUGGAGCGUUCUCCGAUUUCACGAAAUAACGCUCGAUAGAUGGCGUUGGCGCUCGGUACGCGAGCGCCGGCAACGCGACGCGCGUUUCAAUGCAGACUAGAAUAAUCUUGAUAGUUUUCAAUAUAAUUUCAAGCAACAUUAAUUUUAGUGUUAUAUGAUAUCAUAUGGGCACUCUUUAUUUUAUUUUAUAUGCACAGUAGUUUUUUUUAUGUACACUAUUACUAAGUGUACAGACUACAGAGUGUACUAUAACCCUUGCUCUUUAUUCUGUCUCUUUCACACCAAUGGAAAAUGAAGAAGUUAGUAAAUGACUGCAGGUAUAAAUAAAGUAUAUUAGUGCGAUAGAGAGACAGAUAGUGUUUCGUUGUCGUAUCGUAAACGAUUGGCAUGUUGGCCACACACUUGCUUGGUGCCUAGCCAAAAUACCAAUCGUUUGCGUAUAUUAGUGCGAUAGAGAGACAGUAGUGUUUCGUUGUCGUAUCGUAAACGAUUGGCAUGUUGGCUACGCACCCAUAAUACCUAGCCAAGAAGCCAAUCGAUUGCGCAUAUUAGUGCGAUAGAGAGACAGAUAGUGUUUCCUUGUCGUAUCGUAAACGUUUGGCAUGUUGGCUACGCACCCAUGCUGCCCAGCCAAGAUGCCAAUCGUUUGUGCAUAUUAGUACGAGAGAGAGAUGUUUCGUUGUCGUAUCGAUUGGCAUGGUGGCUACGCACCCAUGCUGCCUAGUCAAGAUGCCAAUCGUUUGCGCACAUUAGUGCUAUAGAGUUUCAGUGUUAUUUGAAAUCACGUUAGGGUUUGUAUUAUUAUUUAUGACCCGAAUGAAGUCCAUCCAGGUUCUUAUGAUGGAGUCAGGAGUUGGUCACCAGAACUCCUAAUCUACUCAUUAUAAUUCCAUCGUGCUUGGGCUCAAAAGAUUUGCCCUGACGAACACCAUCGAUCUAGAUGAGGUCCAGGGUCUCAUGACGGAGUCAGGAGUUGGUCACCAGAACUCCCCAGAACUCCUAAUCUACUCAUCAUAACUCCAUCGAGUUUGGGCUCAAUAGAUUUACCCUGAUGAGCACCAUCAAUCUAGAUGGUCCAGGGUCUCAUGAUGGAGUCAGGAGUAGGUCACUAGAACUCCUAAUCUACUCAUUAUAAUUCCAUCGUGUUUGGGCUCAAAAGAUUUGCCCUGACGAGUACCAUCGAUCUAGAUGAAGUCCAGGGUCUCAUGAUGGAGUCAGGAGUUGGUCACCAUAAUUCCUAAUCUACUCAUCAUAACUCCAUUGUGUUUGGGCUCAAUAGAUUUGCCCUCACGAGCACCAUCAAUCUAGAUGAUGUCCAGGGUCUCAUGAUGGAGUCAGGAGUUGGUCACUAGAACUCCUAAUCUACUCAUUAUAAUUCCAUCGUGUUUGGGCUCAAAAGAUUUGCCCUGACGAGUACCAUCGAUCUAGAUGAAGUCCAGGGUCUCAUGAUGGAGUCAGGAGUUGGUCACCAGAACUCGUAAUCUAUUUAUCAUAACUCCAUCGUGUUUGGGCUCAAUAGAUUUACCCCGACAAGCACCAUCAAAUUACCAUUAUGAUGAAUAGAUUAGACUCCUGAGUCCAUCAUGAGACCCUCGACUUAAUCUAGAUCGAUGGUACUCGUCAGGGCAAAUCUUUUGAGCCCAAACACGAUGGAGUUAUGAUGAAUAGACUAGGAGUUCUGGUGACCAACUCCUGAGUCCAUCAUGAGACCCUGGACCUGAUCUAGAUUGAUGGUGCUCGUCAGGGCAACUCUAUUGAGCCCAAACACGAUGGAGUUAUGAUGAGUAGAUUAGGAGUUCUGGUGACCAACUCCUGACUCCAUCAUGAGACCCUGGACCUCAUCUAGGUCGAUGGUGCUCGUCAUGGCAAAUCUCAUGAGCCCAAACACGUUGGAAUUAUAAUGAGUAGAUUAGGAGUUCUAGUGACCAACUCCUGACUCCAUCAUGAGACCCUGGACUUUAUCUAGAUUGAUGAUGCUCGUCAGGGCAAAUCUAUUGAGCCCAAACACGAUGAGGUUAUGAUGAGUAGUUUAGGAGUUCUGGUGACCAACUCCUGACUCCAUCAUGAGACCCUGGACCUCAUCUAGGUCGAUGGUGUUCGUUAAGGCAAAUCUAUUGAGCCCAAACACGAUGGAGUUAUGAUGAGUAGAUUAGGAGUUCUGGUGACCAACUCCUGACUCCAUCAUGAGACCCUGGGCCUCAUCUAGAUCUAUGGUGCUCGUCAGGGCAAAUCUUUUGAGCCAAAACACGAUGGAAUUAUAAUGAGUAGAUUAGGAGUUCUAGUGACCAACUCCUGACUCCAUCAUGAGACCCUGGACUUUAUCUAGAUUGAUGGUGCUCGUCAGGGCAAAUCUAUUGAGCCCAAACACGAUGGCGUUAUGAUAAGUAGAUUAAGAGUCCUGGUGACCAACUCCUGACUCCAUCAUAAGACCCUGGACCUCAUCUAGAUCGAUGGUGUUCGUCAGGGCAAAUCUUUUGAGCCCAAACACGGUGGGAUUAUAAUGAGUAGAUUAAGAGUUCUGGUGACCAACUCCUGACUCCAUCAUGAGAACUUGGACUUCAUCCGGGUCAAAAAUAAUAAUGCAAAUGCAAACCCUAACGUAAUUUCAAGUAAAAAUGCGUUUUUCAGAAAAUCGCAGCCAAAUAACACUAGACCCUACUCAUAGUGUUGUGUUCCUGCCGGUGAGUAAGGUUGCCAGAGCUCAACGAGGGGCGGGAGGGGGUUAGAGUCGGCAACGCGCAUGUAACUCCUCUGGAGUUGCAGGCGUACAUAGGCUACGGAUACUGCUGACCAUCAGGCGGGCCGUAAGCUUGUUUGCCACCGACGUAGUAUAAAAAAAAGGACCACUGAAAAUCCAUCAAUAAGCGAGAGUCUGUUAAGCAUAGUGUAAAAAAUGAACUUUUAUUAAGAUUUUCUAAUCGCAGUAUAUAGCACUUCUCGGAACUCCGUAGCUGAUUACGAUCGCAACGAAUGCCUGACAAUCGAGCACAGGUCCGUCCUCUAAGCGCGCUCCGCGCGGACUGAGAGCGGGGCGUCGCUGCUGCGUGAUUUAUACGUGUUUUAAAAAAAUAUAAAUUUAUGGCAAUGUAGGUCCCAUAGUUAUGUUUUUUUUUUUAUAGGUUAACAUAAAGUUACAGUUUGCUAUAAUAUUAUUUUUAAAGCAAAAUAUGCGUACAAUUUGCGGAAAAAAAAUAUAAUAAAACCCUGUUUUCGCCAAGAAAAUGAAGAAAACUCGAAAGGUAUUUUAUCAGUUUUUUCAAAUGAAUCUUCGAUUGUUAAUCAUUCCAGCCCCUCGUACGAGAUAUGUUGAAUCAAAUUGUAGUCAUUCAUGUACCAAAUGAUUCUUGUUUACAGCAAAAUUGAGAACCGAAACGCUACAUCUCACUGCAAAAUUUGGAAAAGACUCCCAAAAAAACUCAUUAAAAAAGAGGUUUAAAAGAGAAAAUGAAAAUUUGAACUGUUGGAGCCGCUAGUUUAGGAAGCGAUUAUUUAAGUACGUUACCAGUUUUUGAAUAAAUACUAAUAGUUACGUCGUAAUCUUGAAUGAAAAAGGAAGCAUUUUACAAAAUACGCUCGUCUGUAGGAAUAAGGACUCUUAAGUAUACGUCAAAUGCUAACAAAAUCUGUCAUAUUUGUUUAAGUACAUUAUUUGCAAUUUCUAUGGAACUCCACUUUACGUAUCGAUAACAGUUAGGACGAUAUUUCUUUUGGUCAAUCCCUCGUUUUUGCUAGAAAAGCUGUCAGCCUCCACCAUCAAGCAACCCUGCCUAUAAAUAAAAUGUAUCCGCGGCCGGCAAAAUGUCCCACUUUGUCGUUUACCAUGUUUUGACAGGCUAUCCGUACAAAGAUACAAGCAAAUCUCGUCCUUAUGGUAAGCGACAAAGUUGGAUAUUUUGCCGGCCGCGGACACAAAUGACGUUAGGGGUGUGUAUUUCAUGAGUACCGCGUUAUGAUUAUGGCAAACUUUUUAUGUCUAGUUACUGCAUAAUAAUAUUCCAUAACUUACUUGACAUUAAGAUGGAUGGAUGAGUUAAUUCCAAGUCAUAAUAAUCAUUGGUAUUGAUUCAGAUAACACCCAUGGCGUGUAAAUGUCAUGUAAUUUAUUAGCAUUCAAUGUAAAUAAAUAGUAGAUUUGGUCAACAUGUGUAAGUAAUUGUGCAUCUGUAAUUUCUAAGUAGGAAGGUAUAUACUUUUACAUUCCAAAUGCUAUAACCAGACUUAGAAGUUUUUUGGGCAAAAAACGAGUGUUUGAGAAAAUGAAACAUCGAUAAAUUUGUUAUCGAUAAGUCAGUUAUAGAGAAAUUUCAAGAACGCAAAUCAAUUACAAAUCGGUACAUAAUUUCUGUUUUACAUAAAUAUAUUUAGUACUCAAAAAUAAAACGUAAAUUGUAGUACACAGUGCCAAAAGAAUAGGAAACUACCAAUACAUCAAAGAAUACAUUGAACGUGUUGUGGUAGUUAUCUUCUUAAUCUUAUGCGAUGUUAAUAAUAUGUAUAACUUUGAGGUAACACCGAUAACAGACAUGUCGAUAUUGGAUUUUGUCAAGCACUUUAUUUUGCCACAAAAACUUCGUCGAAAACCACAAAAUCUAUGUAGGCUAUAACUGUUACAGUGAGUAGUUACAGCACCCCGCGAUAAAUAUUGCACAAGUCACAACGCACAUCGGUCUUUGGAAAAAGACUUGGCUGCUAUUAUUAGUUAAGUUAGUUAAAUGAAUAAAAUAAAUUCAGGGCCGGAUUUAGGGGAGGGCCACAAUAGAGACUUCGGAAAAUUUACCAUUUUAUUUGGAAAAUAAUUUGGGGCCAGGGGGCCUCCACUCCUUUAUUGCCCGAGGCCUCCAGACCUCUAAAUCCGGCAUACUAAUUGUAAUUUGGAGUGCCCUACAGGGUUCAUACCUGUCCGAUAUCCAAAUUAAUUAGGUUAGGAUUAGGUGUUAACCUAUUUUACCUACUUGCCUAUGAAAGCAAUAAAUGAUUACUGAUUAUAUUAAUACCAAAUACUUCCAAAUAGGGAAAAUAAUGAAAAUUUACUUUCCCCCUUUAGUAUGUUGUUCAAGGCAGCUUUACCUACACUCGUACGAAAAUUCGCUUAUACCUACACGGAUUGUAUUUCCUCUUUUUAGGGUUCCGUACCCAAAGGGUCAAACGGGACCCUAUUACUGAGACUCCGCUGUCCGUCCGUCCGUCCGUCCGUCUGUCUGUCGUUCUCAUGAACCGUGAUAGUUAGCCAGUUGAAAUUGAUGAUACCAUUAGAAAUAGAAAUAUCCGCCCACGUAGGACUCGUUGCAAACGCGAAUGUCGUGGGCCGCCCGCCGCGAGUUGUUCGCUUACGUAAGAUGCUGUGUACAACGGUGCGAGUAGAAAUUUUUCAUACAAAAUUUCAAAAAUAUUUUUUAUAUUUUUUUUAAAGUUUUAAAAUGUUUUCUGAAAUCGGUCUUGUGUUAAAGAUAAUGACGAUUCUUGUGAACUUUUGUUUCGGUAAUAACUCGGUGGAAAACGCCUUUUUGGCUGCGACAUUGCCACUAUGUGACUUCGUUCAGACACACCUAUUGGUAGACAUUAAAGUUUUAAAGGAAACUCAAAAUUUAUCUGUCUAUCUAUAUAUAAACUUUAGGUACUUAUUCGUUGUAAUGUUUUGUUUUCGCCAAGAUGUGAAAAGAAAUAACGUGUCGUGUACAGAAAACGCGUGUAUUUUACACCAAACCAAAAAUCAUAUAAGUACUUACUUAAUAUUUUUGGCUCCUUAUGACCUCAGGAACGCGUGGUUAAAAUCUGUGGGGUUACUCGAGUCGAGCCCACGGUGUAUAUUAGCCACCGGCCGCCUGCCGCCCGCUAGGUAGUUAGGUACCGACAUACACCUACGAACACAAUAGUGAAUGUCACCUACACGUCACCGGGCCGUCACCUUUUAAAUUUGGUUAAAAUCAGCUGAGAGCUUUGUAAAUUAUUGAAUUUGAAAAUAAAUAAAAUGUAAUGUUUUGAUUUUAUUGAGUAGAGGCUUUCUAAUUAUAGUUUCCUGCAUCAUUGUUCUGAUCUUUAUGCUUGAUUUCCUCGUUAUAAAACUUUCUUAACCGAUUUGUUUUUUUUUUUGGUUUAAAGUAUAUCUAAUAGACCUAUACUUACGUACACAUUGGUCCCUUUUUGCCAAAAUUUAGUGCUAAUGAUGGGAUCCAUGAGAAAUCGGAGGAACUCCUAAAAUCUUAUAGGAAUACAUAGUGGUUUUUGUAUUUUCAUCAACAAAUUAAAUAAGCAUUUACGUUUAAAAUGUUAAAUUUGAUGAAAUGGAACUGCUGAUCUCACGUGCACCUCACGUUCGGCGAUAUGUCUUCUUCGUUAAGAUUGUUCAACAUUUUUAUCAAGGUCGAUUUCUGAUGAUGGAAUCAAUGAGGAUCAUUAUUUCCAUCUAAAAACCAAGCAUUUGAAAUUAAACAGUGAUGUUUGGUGAAAUGGAACAGGUUACGAAGACCACCUCCACGUCAAGUAUUUUAAGUCUUGGGGCUAAUACUUAUUAAUUGUUACGAGAUGCACUAUGGCCGUAAAUAAUUUUAAGGGCAUUUCAAGUUGUUUUCAGAUGUCGGUAUUUUUACAAGCUUUUAUCUAACUUGCCCUGUUAGGUAGUAGGUAUGUAUGUGUGGGUCAAAUCUUGGAAGCUAAAUUUGACCCACUUCCCGAUUUCCGACUAAGCUGAAAAUUUGCAAACAUAAAUGUAAGUCGGGUUACAAUGUAAUACUAUGGUACCAUCGAGCUGAUUUGAUGAUGGAGACAGGAGGUGGAGGAACUCUGUGAUAAAACAACGCAACCUAAUUGUGUUUGGGAUUUUUAAAAUUGUAUCGAUGAGUAUUAGUUACCUGUGGAAAGAAAAGUAGAGUCAGCGAUAAAAGCUUGUACCAAAAAUUAAAUGUAUGCCAAAAACUUAUUCUAUUAAAUAUUAUUUGGAGUCCUAUAGACGCAAAGACUCACGGGCUCACGUGAUCGCUAUGUCAGGUUUCCACAGAAGACCAGAGGGCCUACCGGGAACCACGUUCGACGUGUUGCCUCUCUGUCGCACUUGUAAAUUCGUAUCUAAGUGGCAACAACACGCAACACGUCGAACGUGGUUCGCGGUAGGCCCUCAGGCUCAACUAACUAACUUGUAACUUGAUAUCAAACUGAGGGCGACCUUUUCAGUGACGUUUACGUACGUUUUAAGUACAAUAAAAGUGUUGUAAUAGUUUUAAGCAAUAUUAUAUUAUGCGUCCUGAAUAAAUUAAUUUUCUUUUUCUUCUGUUUCUUCUAA